CUUUUAUAAAAUUCCAAUACUUUCUGAAAAAUGUCACAAUAAAAACACUAACCAUGAGACAGAUUUUGAAACUUUGUCAUUAAGUUUUGCAAAUUAUAGUUUUUGGUAUAUUCAAAGGUGACGUAGCUUAUGCAAACUUAUCCCAACGAAAGAGAAAAAUAAACGGAAAAAAAGGUUAAGAAGCGAAAGUAAUAGAAAUUGGAAACCACCGAUGACAUACUAAAUCAGGAUCUGGGCCGUCCAUCUCCUCAAUUCAACACACAUCAACGUCCAAAAACUCACCUUUUUUAAUAAUUAUUAAUUAAUUAAUUAAUUAUUAGUAAAAAAAAUAUUUAACAACGUGAAAUUGUGCACAAACUGAGUGAGGCUGUUAUAUGAGCGCAAAACCCAGAAAUACACAAUUAGGCGCACUUUCUCUCUCUUGAUCUCAGAAUUGGAGUGCGUUGUUCUCGACUCGUACACUCUUCGUGGAUCUUAGACGCGGGUCUGUAUCACUUAAUCCGGUACAAUGCGGAAACUUGCACAACGAUCAGAGCGUGUGAAAUCCGUGGAUCUGCAUCCAACGGAGCCAUGGAUAUUGGCAAGUUUGUACUCGGGAACUGUUUGCAUCUGGAACUAUCAGUCUCAGACUAUGGUUAAAUCUUUUGAGGUUACAGAACUUCCAGUUAGAUCUGCAAAGUUUAUAGCAAGGAAGCAGUGGGUUGUAGCUGGUGCUGAUGACAUGUUCAUCCGCGUCUACAAUUACAAUACAAUGGAUAAGGUCAAGGUGUUUGAGGCCCAUACAGAUUAUAUUAGGUGUGUGGCUGUUCAUCCCACUCUUCCCUACGUGCUUUCAUCCUCUGAUGACAUGCUAAUAAAGCUCUGGGACUGGGAAAAGGGGUGGUUAUGCACUCAAAUAUUUGAGGGUCAUUCUCAUUAUGUGAUGCAAGUAACAUUUAAUCCCAAAGAUACCAAUACAUUUGCCAGUGCAUCUCUUGAUCGCACUAUUAAGAUCUGGAAUCUGGGCUCUCCAGACCCCAACUUUACUCUGGAUGCUCACCUCAAAGGAGUCAACUGUGUAGAUUAUUUCACUGGUGGUGAUAAACCCUAUCUAAUCACUGGUUCUGAUGAUCAUACAGCUAAGGUUUGGGAUUAUCAGACAAAAAGCUGUGUGCAGACAUUAGAAGGCCAUACGCACAAUGUUUCUGCAGUUUGCUUCCAUCCUGAACUUCCCAUUAUAAUAACUGGCUCUGAGGAUGGUACAGUUCGCAUCUGGCAUUCAACCACUUAUAGACUUGAGAACACAUUGAACUAUGGUCUUGAAAGAGUUUGGGCAGUUGGCUAUCUGAAAGGUUCAAGAAGGGUCGUAAUCGGUUAUGAUGAAGGAACUAUCAUGGUGAAGCUUGGUCGGGAGGUACCUAUUGCUAGCAUGGACAACAGUGGCAAAAUCAUUUGGGCAAAGCAUAAUGAAAUCCAAACUGUCAACAUCAAGAGCGUCGGAGCAGAUUAUGAGGUUGCGGAUGGAGAGAGGCUGCCUUUGGCAGUUAAAGAAUUGGGAACCUGUGACCUUUACCCACAGAGCUUAAAGCAUAAUCCUAAUGGUAGGUUUGUGGUUGUAUGUGGGGAUGGUGAGUACAUUAUCUACACAGCUUUGGCAUGGAGAAAUAGAUCAUUUGGUUCAGCCUUGGAAUUUGUUUGGUCGACGGAAGGCGAAUAUGCUGUUAGAGAAAGCACAUCAAAGAUUAAGAUCUUUAGUAAAAAUUUCUUGAAUCUUUACUGGGCUGACAGUGGUGAUUUGGUGGCCAUUGCCAGUGACACAUCUUUCUACAUACUCAAGUAUAAUCGUGAUGUUGUUUCUGCUUAUCUGGAAAGUGGGAGACCAGUAGAUGAACAAGGUGUGGAAGAUGCUUUUGAGCUUCUUUAUGAAAUUAAUGAACGAGUUCGGACUGGUCUUUGGGUUGGGGAUUGUUUCAUUUACAAUAACUCUUCCUGGAGACUCAAUUAUUGCGUAGGUGGUGAGGUCACAACAAUGUUCCAUUUAGAUAGACCCAUGUACCUGCUUGGAUAUCUUGCUAACCAAAGUCGUGUGUAUCUCGUCGACAAAGAAUUUAAUGUUAUUGGUUAUACGCUGCUACUCAGCCUGAUUGAGUACAAGACUCUUGUAAUGCGUGGUGAUCUGGACAGAGCUAAUGAGGUCUUACCAGUAAUUCCAAAGGAGCAACUUAACAGUGUGGCUCGUUUCUUGGAAUCACGGGGUAUGAUAGAAGAUGCACUUGAAGUUGCUACAGAUCCUGACUAUAGAUUUGAGUUGGCCAUACAGCUAGGCAGACUGGAGAUUGCAAAGGAAAUUGCCUCAGUAGCACAGAGUGAAUCUAAGUGGAAGCAAUUGGGUGAAUUAGCCAUGUCUACUGGCAUGUUAGAGAUGGCAGAGCAGUGCUUGAAGCAAGCAAAUGACUUGAGUGGUUUAUUGCUACUCUAUUCUUCUUUAGGCAAUGCUGAAGGAAUCUCUGAACUUGCAUCUCUUGCUAAGGAACAUGGAAAAAACAAUGUUGCAUUCCUUUGUUUAUUCAUGUUGGGUAAAUUGGAGGACUGCCUUCAGCUGUUGGUCGACAGCAAUCGGAUACCUGAAGCUGCAUUGAUGGCUCGGUCUUAUCUCCCUAGUAAAGUGUCAGAAAUUGUCGCUCUUUGGAGAAAGGACCUUAAUAAGAUCAAUCAGAAAGCUGCAGAAUCUCUUGCUGAUCCCGAAGAAUACCCUAAUCUGUUUGAGGACUGGCAAGUUGCUCUUGCUGUUGAGGCCAAAGCUGCCGAGACAAGGUGUAAAUAUCCUCCGGCAGCUGAAUAUUUGCAACAUGCUGAUAGAUCAACGGCUAGUCUUGUAGAAACUUUCAGAAACAUGCAAAUGGAUGAAGAGCACCUGGAAAACGGAGAAUUGGAUUAUGAGGAUGCAGAGCCAAAUGGAGAUGAUGAAGAAGCACAAGAAGAGCCAAAGGACGAUCAAGUUGCAGUUCAUGACGCCAGCCAAGAAGAGGCUGUUGCAGUUGAUGUUGACUCAAACGAUGGUGCUGUACUUGUGAACGACAGUGAGGCUGAGGAAGAGUGGGAGUUUGGCAAUCGUGGUCUUUGGUUGUUUGAUGAGUGUAAGUGGGAGUUACCUUUUUCCUUAAUUGCUUACACCACGUCACUGAGCCCAGUCAAGACAGAUGGUUCCAGCUGUGUACGGAUCAUCUCAUGGAGGUUAGCAGCGUGGUAAUUAAGGGACCAGAUGUCUUUUUCUUCGCACGUGGUGGAUAAGCACAAUAGAAUUUUGUUAUUCUGACACAUUAGCUUAUGAAUACCUGAGUCAUGUUUAGCCGCUGAAUAUUUUAUUUUUUAUUUUUUAUGUCCCGAGAUGUAGAUACGAACAAGCAUUAUAGAGUUUAAUACCCAUGAAAUGUUGUAUUCAGAAUUUACCCAAGACUAUAUUUUUGGUGUCUUGUGAACUUCGUUUCCUGGAUAGUCAAGUUUGCUACUACAAGUUGAGAAUCACUAUUUUUGAGUGUGCAGGUUCCUAAAUUGAUCAAGCCCAG